AAGAAAAUGAAGCCCAUUACAAGUUUUGUCCUGUUUUCUUUUACCCUCAGCCUCAGCCUCUCUCUCCUUGCAUCUGUUGCCAAAGCGGACACCAAUCUAAUCGACAAAGUAUGCGCACGCACCCAUAACAAGAAUAGUUGUGUUGCAGUUUUUGAAUCUAACCCUGAUAGCAAACAAGCCGAUUUGAAACAACUAGGCAUAAUCGCGUUAACCCUUGCAUCUUCAAAAGCAACAGAGACAUCGCAGUACAUCAAGACUCUGCUUCUUAACAAGACUUUGGACCCUGUCAUUGAUCAGGCCCUCUCCGACUGCUCAGACCAAUACUUGGAUGCCAUCCAGCAACUCGGUGACGCAUCGUCAGAUUUGUUAGAGGACGGUACUAAAGACGUUCGUACUUCGGUGAAAGCAGCAAUUGCUGCUGCACAAUCAUGUGAGAACGGAUUCGUGGAAAGUUCUGGCCGUGAAAUUUUGCUGUCGAGAAAUGCAAUCUUCCGCCAAUUAUGCAACAAUGUCUUGAUCAUCAACAAACUCUUGGAAGAAAAGUGAUUAUCACCAUCUUAUGUGAUGUUUAAGAUUGCUUGGAUAUGUUUACUUGCCAAAAUCCAUCCAGUAUUCCUGAAAUCAGUCAUCCUGUAAAUUUUCCUUUCCAUUAGAGUUUCCCUGGGAAUCCAAAGAAACUUUUUCAUAA